AUGGUUUAUGACUGGGCAGGGAAGCGGGACAUCUGCUUCCAGAUGUACAUUCAGGAAAAGAAAGCUCUGGAGGAGAUCAUGGAGUAUAUGAGAACGGCUUAUCAGUUUGCCCCAAGUAAGCGCGCCUUUCAGACUCAAUUUAAACGAUGGGGGUUCCCAUCCAAACAGAAUCCCGCCCAUAAAAAUGUUGAGCUUGUCGCCAGAGUCAAGGAGCUCUGGGAACACAACACGAAUCAGCGUGACAUGCUCCGCAUUCUCAACGAGGAAGGUUUCAUGAUCAAGGAGCGGGAAUUGAUGCGCGUCCGUGCAAAGAACCGCUGGCUUCUGCGAGUCCCCAAUGGAAUGAAGACCCAGCCGAGUACGGCCACGCGGGAUACACAGCCAGAGGAUGAAGGUCUCCUUGCUCUUCAGCAGGAAGUAUACAAACAAGAUGAGGCAUUUGAUGGGGUCGAAUCUCUUCCUCCCGAGCCCGGUACGUCCGUAACAGAGCAACCCUCAUCUCCAGGAUUGUCGCCAGAGGUUCUUGCGAAACGCAAGGAGCGGCUGGAUCGUCUGAAGUCCGAAAGUGCAGAACGGUGGGCAGCUAGGAAACGUCGGCGCCGUACUCGGGGCUGGGCCGGGCUACCUGCUGAUCCGCCAGGACCUCCUCGCUUUCCCUCGGAGACUACUAUCGAUGAGAGUAAGCGAUAUCUUAGUUUGGACAACGUGAUGUACCGCCAAAUUCGAGAUCAUUUUCAAGGAAUAUGCGAAGAAGCAGGCUUUAUAAAGAAGACCGUCGCUGGACCUGAGAGAUGGCAAGCAGCGAAGGACAGAUUGAUCCAGGAAUCCCCACACCUUCAACAGGUUUUCAAUGCCGAACCUAACCAGCGUGAUGCAAAGGCUCUUGCUCUUGAUGUCGUUUGUACGGACGUAACGAAACGGAUGAGAACUUUGGAGAGACGGAUGACCAUUGCCGAAGCCAAGAAUGCCCUUGGAAUCAAUCCGGAAGAGAGCCGCCAGAUCCGGAAUGCCUUCUACGAUACACUCAAGGCAGAUCAUUUCACAAGCAAGCUCGAAGCUGGUGAUGAGCACUGGCAGGAGUUAAAGACACAAUGGAUUUGCGACUCGGGCCUACUUCAGCGAAUCCUCGAACCGGGAGCGGCAGACCCAGAACACACAACCAAGUUGAAAGCCUUGGAAGUACUAUGCCGCGACGUUAUGAAAAGAUUACGUGACGACCAGACCAAGCGAGACCCUGCUCGUAAGAGAUCCACACCCCGUGCAGAUUCUCAGGAUCAGGUGGCACAGAGAAGUACUCCAGUGAAUACAAUACUUGAAAAUGGAAUUAGCAACGGAAUUAGCACUCUUGCGUCCCAGGCCCUCGCAAGCGCUCCAAUCACCGCCAGCGAGCUUGGUGAUAUGCAGAUCGAUCCUUCUCUUCUCCAGGCGGCUAAUGACAUGCCCUCCUUCGCGGCAAAUCCGCAGCAUGAGGCUCCAAGCGCGUUUGAGUAUAUGGACCCGAUGCUUCACCCGACGUUACUCAACACUCCUAUAUGGUUUCAGAUCAAUCUUCAAGGUCAAUCCCAAGGGACUCCCACAAAAGCCUGGAUGGAAAAAUUGUCGACACGGUCUGUCGAAGAAAUUCGACAAUUAAUUUCAGCUCGGUACCCCUACUCAAUCCUCGACAAGAUUGAGGGCGCUGAUAAGGACGAAAACGGGAAUGAAAUAUUCUUCCUGAUUAACGAGGACCACGAAUUAGAUGCUUACUUGAACCACGUCCAUGGGAGAAAGGCAUUGCUUGUCCUGACACUGGGACAGAUUUAA